AUGACCGAAUGGAUGGUGAAGCUCUAUGGUGACGUAUACACGUUAACACACAACCAGGACUUCCCCGUCCCAAAUAAAGACUUUUUCUUUGAUUUCAAGAAGGUUUUGGAUGAUGAUGAAGGAUGGAAUGUGUCUGAAGACAAAAACGGGACAACUGUUUUAUUCAGAGAUGCGUCUAAUGAAGAAACUCUCCAAAUCAAACUUCGCUCGACUGCUUUAAAAGAUAUUCCCGCAGAAGUUAUUCACGACGUCCUUCAAGAUCCAGAAUAUCGUGCGACAUGGGAUGAGUCGAUGAAAGAACAGAAGUUGGUCGAACAAAUUGACGAAAACACGGAGAUUGGGUAUUACAGUGUUAAAAUGCCACUCACCAUUGCCAAUCGUGAUUGGGUGAAUAUGCGUUCGUGGUGGUUUGAUGAGAAGAAGGGGAUCUACAUCAUCACCAAUCAUUCCGUCGACCACCCCAAAUGUGGUGAAGUGUCUGGGUUCGUACGAGCGAAAAGUUUGAAGACGGGGUAUAUCGUCGAAAAGACACCAGAAGGUACUAAGCUUUCAUUCUUCAGUUGGAACUCAUGGAAUGGAUGGAUUCCAAAUUGGGUAGUUAACAAAUGCUCGAAGUAUAUGAUAGCUGAUAUCAUCCAACAACUCAGAGACGCUGCAACAAAGUACCCCGAGUGGAAGAAGACUCAUCAUCCCGAAGAGAGAUAUUGGAUGAAGAAAGGUGAAGUGAUGGUGAAGAGCGAGAAAGAGGAAUAA